UUGAGUGUUGCACUGCAAAUUCAUUAGUUAACCACUUUCUUCUGUAUGUCCCGUCUCAUCUUUCAAAAUAUAUAAACACAAUUUAAAAUUGUAUUUUCUACCUCAACUCAUAAGCCAUGGCAGGGAACUUCUGGCAGAGCUCGCAUUAUCUGCAGUGGGUCCUGGACAAGCAGGACCUGAUGAAGGAGCGUCAGAAGGACAUCAAGUUCAUGACUGAGGAGGAGUACUGGAAACUGCAGAUCUUCUUUGCCAAUGGUACUCCCUGAAGAGUAUAGACCCAGUGCUCAUGGCUCCUACAUGUGUGUUCCUGGCCUCGAAAGUGGAGGAAUUUGGUGUUGUUUCAAACACUCGUCUGAUCUCUGCAGCUACGUCUGUGUUAAAAACAAGAUUUUCCUAUGCCUUCCCCAAGGAGUUCCCUUACAGAAUGAACCAUAUAUUAGAAUGUGAGUUCUACCUACUAGAGCUCAUGGACUGCUGUUUGAUAGUAUACCACCCCUACAGACCUCUGCUGCAGUAUGUGCAGGACAUGGGGCAGGAGGACAUGCUACUGCCACUGGCCUGGAGAAUAGUGAAUGACACGUAUAGGACAGACCUCUGUUUACUCUACCCUCCCUUCAUGAUUGCACUAGCCUGUCUGCAUGUUGCCUGUGUGGUGCAGCAGAAAGACGCCAGGCAGUGGUUCGCUGAGCUCUCUGUCGACAUGGAGAAGAUCCUGGAGAUCAUCCGAGUCAUCCUGAAGCUGUACGACCAGUGGAAGAACUUUGACGACAGGAAGGAGAUGGCUGCAGUGCUCAACAAGAUGCCUAAACCCAAGCCGCCUCCCAACAGUGAGAAUGACCAAAGCUCCAAUGGGAACCAGAACAACUCCUACAGCCAGUCAUAGGCAAUGGGAUGUCCACCUCGGCUCAUGUAUGAUAACUCAUCAGAGAGAUGGCACAGGAAUGCUGGCAUCAGCCAAUCGGUUGCAGCAGUCCUGUGUUUCCAUCCCUGAACAGUUAAAGGGCGCGUUCCUGUGCCCAGGCGUUGCUAACACAUGGCAGAUCUUACAACACCUGGAUAGUUAUUUUACGUAUCAGCUAACCACAUAUGUUAUAGCAAUAUAGUGCCCGACAGCGCAGUUGAUGACUUCGCUCGCAACCAUUGGUUGAUGCAUUCAACGUCUGAGCAGGAGAACCUUAUGGAACUAAACCAAACUGCGAGAAACAGGAGGAUGUAAGGAGGGAGGGGGGGGACUAUGAGUUGUGAUGAUCCUGACUUCCUUGAACACUCUCGGGGAACAAUCAUAAUAUGGAGCUCCGUGGGACCAGAGAAAACUUGAUCAUUAGUGAUUUUGUGAGUGCGUGAGUGGCCCAUUUGGCAGUGUCUUCAUUCCUCAGGGAGAAUAGUAGUCCUUUUAACUGGUAUCGCUAAGAUGAUUGGACCCUGUACUGUUUCAGAUGCGAUCUGAAAGGAUGUGCGGAUGUUUGAUUGUGUGACCCGAUUGGAUGUCCUUUUAUCUAAGGUCUACAUUGAUUGGUUACAGAGCUUAGCAGGUGAAGUCAUGGGGGAGAAUGUAUUUUCCGGGGUAUACCCGCUAGAUUCAAAUGUCUUCAUUACCUGUUAUAUCUCUAGCCUUUGUAAAUAGCUUUACUCUUGUCUUUUAUUUGAUUUAGCAAAUUUGCUUGGGUAGAAAUCAUGAAACGUAUUAGCUGUCUGCUUCAAGUAAAAGUGCUCAAAUGUGUUUACUAUCAUGAUAUAAUUAGCCUGCAACAAAAAAAUGUGAAUUUUUAUGUUUCCUUAUUCUGCUUUUUUUCGAUGGAGAAUAUUGUUACGAUCACAUUUUUGGUGGGGAAAGGAGGUGGAUUUUUAGCUGUGUGUUCUUGAUUGCAUAUUGAAUCAGUCCUACCCAAGCCAGGGUCCAAUGUUGUUUUCUGUCUGCAUUUGCCAUGUAUUUAAUCAAAUUGAAGUGUCACAAUACCAUUGUGUGCAUAUUUACUUGUAGAUAUUGAUAUAUUUUCUGUGGCGUAAUACAGUGGGAGUGAUGUGUGUGUGUGUGUGUGUGUGUGUGUGUGUGACAUUGAGUUUCUCUUGGGUUCUGUGAUGUGUUUGUGUGUGUCCAGAACCGGGUGCUUGAAUGCCUUACAAAAUAAAGCUGUUUGUCAAGGUAA